CUCUUGUCUGAGAUGACGAUACUGUUUUUGGGUGUGAAACUGUCAAUUGCUAACUACACAAUCUGGGAAGUGCUGUAAUUAACUCCGCCAGGGGCUCCUCCCAACUAGUCUACGUUUCGUUCGUAUUUUUGAAAAAUAUUGAAGUGAGUGAAUUCAAAUAUAUAAUUCAACCUUGUUAGAGGGCUUUUUAAAAAAUAAAAAGUUGAUUCGGUGCAUGAGAGCAAGUUACUGCUGCAUACCGUUCAGAGACUUACAGGUGCUUGCCUGCAUUGCAAUAAAGGACUCAUAUAUUGAGCAAGACUUAUAUUUAUCUCUUCGUUUUGGAGAGCCUAAUAAACUGUUAUUACAGUUUCUCUACUGACUUUCAAAAGUUUUGAAGUUUGAAAGAGACAUCUUUACAAUUAAUACAGCAUGAGCACGGCCAGAACAGAGAACCCUGUUAUAAUGGGUCUUUCCAGUCAAAAUGGUCAGCUGAGGGGCCCUGUGAAGCCCAGUGGUGGCCCCGGAGGAGGGGGCACACAGACACAGCAACAGAUGAACCAGCUGAAAAAUACCAACACAAUCAAUAAUGGCACUCAGCAGCAAGCACAGAGUAUGACCACCACUAUUAAACCUGGUGAUGACUGGAAAAAGACUUUAAAACUCCCUCCAAAGGAUCUAAGAAUCAAAACUUCGGAUGUGACCUCCACAAAAGGAAAUGAGUUUGAAGAUUACUGUUUGAAACGGGAGUUACUGAUGGGAAUUUUUGAAAUGGGCUGGGAAAAGCCAUCUCCUAUUCAGGAGGAGAGCAUUCCCAUUGCUUUAUCUGGUAGGGAUAUCUUAGCUAGAGCAAAAAAUGGAACAGGCAAGAGCGGUGCCUACCUCAUUCCCUUACUUGAACGGCUAGACCUGAAGAAGGACAAUAUACAAGCAAUGGUGAUUGUUCCCACUAGAGAACUUGCUCUACAGGUCAGUCAAAUUUGCAUCCAGGUCAGCAAGCACAUGGGAGGGGCCAAAGUGAUGGCAACCACAGGAGGAACCAAUUUACGGGAUGACAUAAUGAGGCUUGAUGACACAGUGCACGUGGUGAUAGCUACCCCUGGAAGAAUCCUGGAUCUUAUCAAGAAAGGAGUAGCAAAAGUUGAUCAUGUCCAGAUGAUAGUAUUGGAUGAGGCAGAUAAGUUGCUGUCACAGGAUUUUGUGCAGAUAAUGGAGGAUAUUAUUCUCACGCUACCUAAAAACAGGCAGAUUUUAUUAUAUUCCGCUACUUUCCCUCUUAGUGUACAGAAGUUCAUGAAUUCCCAUUUGCAGAAACCCUAUGAGAUUAACCUGAUGGAGGAACUAACUUUGAAGGGAGUAACCCAGUACUACGCCUAUGUAACUGAGCGCCAAAAAGUACACUGCCUCAACACACUUUUUUCCAGGCUUCAGAUAAACCAGUCGAUCAUUUUCUGUAACUCCUCUCAGCGAGUUGAAUUGCUAGCCAAGAAGAUUUCUCAACUGGGUUAUUCUUGCUUCUAUAUCCAUGCUAAAAUGAGGCAGGAACAUCGAAAUCGUGUAUUUCAUGAUUUCCGAAAUGGCUUAUGCCGCAAUCUUGUUUGCACUGAUUUGUUUACCCGAGGUAUUGAUAUACAAGCUGUGAAUGUGGUAAUAAACUUUGACUUCCCAAAGCUGGCAGAGACCUAUCUCCAUCGUAUUGGAAGAUCAGGUCGCUUUGGUCAUCUUGGCUUAGCCAUCAACUUGAUCACAUAUGAUGAUCGCUUCAACCUGAAAAGUAUUGAGGAGCAGCUGGGAACAGAAAUUAAACCGAUCCCAAGCAACAUUGACAAGAGCCUGUAUGUGGCAGAAUACCACAGCGAGCCCGUGGAGGAUGAGAAGCCCUAACAAGCAUGCUUUCACAAAAUACAGAAGGCUCGUUUGGAUCUGUGACACAUCGUUUGGGGGGGAUGCUCUUCUCUUUGUGGGUUUUUCAUCUUCUUUUAUUUUGGAACUAUGAAGACUUAAAAGAGCUCAGACAUUUUUUUCUUUUUUUUAACUGGUGAAGAGAAAAAGCUGAAAAGAAGGAAUUUACCUUUUUUGUUCCACUUGUUUGCACUGUGUGCUGACUGAACAUUAGUUGCACUAACUGCUGGUUUUUAAAAAAUGUUUUCUGGGGAAGGGGGACAAGGAAGGAGGAGAAAGAAGAGAAGGGGAGAAACCCUGAAAAGAGAAGAAUCUUGAUGAACACACAAGCUUGUCUACAAUUUCAAAAUUCUCCAACAGCUGACUCUUGAGUGCAUUUCAACUUCUCCCUAAUUACUCAUCCGUUUUUUAAGCCUGAAGAGCUUAUUACUUAUUUGUGCGAAGUGCCUUAUGCUAUGAGACCAUUCAGAAUAUCAUCUUUUAGACACAGCCCAAGAAAUCAACAAUAGUAGUUCUUUCCUUUUUUUAUUUUUUUUUCCUUCCUAUCUUUUUAAAAUUUUUGUCUUUUUAUUUUGAUUUCAAGUUGGAGUCUCUCUCUUCCCUUUUUACCUGAUACUCAAGCCCAGGGCUGGAAGAUGACACGUAUUAGUAAUGUUAAACACCAUUCUCUUUUUCUUUAUGUGGAGGAGUUGAUAUGCAACUGCAGUUCAUCCGCACUGUAAAUACAUGUAUUUAAAAAAAAAAAAAACAAUCCCAAGUAAAAAUUUCUUCUGGGCUGAGUAGAUUACAACAUCAUCGCUCCCAAAGGAAAGAGCAGUCUAUCAUUGCAGGAGCCAUAUGACAAGCCUUUGUGCUCUAUAGCAGAACACUAAAGACUGGUUUACAUACGCUUCCAUUAGCAGUUAUGGCACUUGAUGUGUAGACAUGUCAGAGCCUUGACCCUCUUUCCUCUGUGGCAAAGCGUGUCCCAUAGAAAAUUGGGUGUGUAUACUUGUAUAAACUUUGUAAAUAAGUUUUUUUCUGGGUUCAUAUAUAUAUAUACAUAUAUAUAUAUUUUUUUUUUGGAUGAAGGUUGCUGGGAUUAAGGGGAUUAGAAUGAUUAUGGGAGCAGCUAAAGAUGAGAGGGGCUCAGUUUUCCGCAACACUAAAUUCUAAAAAGUACUUUGGCCUCUUUAGUAGAGAGAGCAGACCUCUGUGGUGACCCUGUGUUGGAAGAGGGACCUGGAAGUCUGGGAUUUAUUGUUUGCUGCCACACUGUAUCAUCUAAUACCUUUGGAGAACACCUGCCAGAGAGAGCAAAGAAACUUCAGAAACCUAUAACUCAAGAUGUUAUUUUUGAGAAGCUCUCUCUGAUUUUGCUUCUUCCUCCCCUUUUAAAGAAAGUUUGAGGAACUUUUCAAGCUCAGCAAAAGGGGACAAAGAUUAAUCUCCCUUGCAGUGUGGAAAUUCAGUUGCGUGGCAGUGUCUGAGCAGUAUAUGUACAAAGCAUGGAUUUUGCAUUUCAGAAUAUUAGCCAGUACCAGCUUUGGUAAUGUUAGCAGUUCUGGAGCUUACUUUCUGUGGAUCACUUCCUGUACUGUGUUAAGUGUGUUGCCCUCUGCCCACCUUGAUACAUAAACUUGCAGGAAUGGGCAACUCCUGAGAGCUGUUAACUUUCAUGCUAAAGAAAGCUGCUUGCCAUCCUCUUGCUUUGUGACAAGAAUUAUCUGUCAUUUUGCAUUGUAAAUUGCUGGCAAAUGCUUUACAGUCAAUAGUGUUGCUUUAAAUUGUGCCCCUCCCAACAUGCUUGAUGUUUGGCCUGAUCUCCAGGCAAAAGGAGUGAGAUGAAUCAAAACCAGUGAACUUUUUUUUUUUAAAUGUUUUUAAUUCCCUUUUAACCCAGUGUACUAGGUCAAUCAGGAGGCAUCUAGGGUUUAAAAAAAAAAGCAAAAAAUAAAAUGAAAAAAAUUUGUUUUCCAUAUUCCAUUUUUUCGAAACC